AUGACGUCUUCAGCUUCAUUAAAUGAAAUGGAUUUGGAUGAGGCCAAGCUAAGUGUGAACAAUAUAACUCUGAAUUCAAGCACCGUCGGCCACGCAGUAGAAGGUGCAAUAACAGAUUUGAAAGUUCUGGCGGAGCCAUCAGUCGUUUGUGUAGUCUUGCAGGAUGUUGUGACGACAGAACCGGUGGUAGUCGUGAAGACGGUUAAGGCGGCUCUUAGUGGCUAUUAUUUAAGGGGAACAAUUUAG